AAUGUGCUGUUUAUCAUGGGUUUUAGCUUAAUAUGUCCAAUAGGUGAAGCGAACACUGGUAAGGCGCAUCUAUACGCAUGUCAGUUCCGAGCAAUGAUCGAGGAUUGGCGGGCAAAGUUCCACGCAAAGUCCCACUCGCAGACAAGCAAUCAAUUUCCAUUCGGGUUCGUGCAGCUAGCACCGUGGCGCGACCAAACAGCUGAACUCGGCUUUUCGGAGAUCCGUUGGGCACAGACGUUCGGCUUCGGUUUCGUUCCUAAUCCAAGUCUUUCUUCCGUGUUUAUGGCCGUCGCCAUGGACCUGCCCGACUUUGCGUCGCCAUAUGGAGCGAUCCACCCGCGAUUCAAGGAGGAUGUGGCAUCUCGUCUGGCGUUGGCGGCGAGGGCCGUGGCAUACGGGGACUCAAGUAUCAACUUCCAGGGCCCGUUCCCGUCCCGACUGUCCAUUUCCGGUCACACCCUGACCAUCGAGUAUGACAGCGGAAACAGCGCCAUUGACGUGCGGGCAAACACGGGGUUUGAGUUAUGCUGCGGAAACACAGUCAAUCACUGGUGCACCACGACCGCUGAAUGGAACACAGUCCCGAUAACUGCGCAUGAUCAGACUACCGUUUCCAUGGAUACGCAAGUGUGCAGCGGACAGACGCAUGUGGUUGCAUGGGUGAGAUACGCCUGGCGCGAGAGCCCGUGCGCCUUCAUGCAGUGUGCGGUGUACGGGAAAGAUAACGGCCUGCCAGCGCCAGCAUUUCUUCGACAGGGACCAUUUCAAUAAACACGCGCUUUAAUAUUCAUUUCGAAAGAAAAAUAGACGACAUUAAAGAUUACAUGUCU